AUGGAUGUCGAUGUACGGCCGAGGAAGAAGAGACGAUUUUUCGUCGACGAUCCCCAAGUUGUGACGGAACAGCAAGCAUCGACAUCGCCAGCGACUACACCUCAUCGGACCAACUCCGCAUCCUCAUCUACACGAGAACAGCAGACGUCCGGGCCGACUGAAGUAAACGACAAUUGUCGAAAACCCUCCACCGAUUCAAGCCCUCCAAGUUUUGACAUCGAUACUUUCCGCACUUUCGUUGGUGAAAAUGUCUCUCAAGAUGUUGUGCAGCAAAUCCAGGCUGCGGCGCAUGGGGAUAUUGAGCGGGCAAUCAACAUGUACCUGGAUGGUUCAUGGAAGAACUCUAGUGCUGCAAGGCCGCCUGCUCCGACUUCCCUACCUCUGAAGGGCGUCGACCAUUGGCUUGCCACCCCGGAGCCGGUACCCAGCGCCUCUAAUCCCAACGCGCGCGGCGAGCAGGCCGCAGAUAUCCCGACGCAAACCACAUUACAUUCAAUGCCAAAAGAACGAUAUGUCGGGUCAUUUGGCGUCGCAGCUUGGAUGACAAAAAGCGGUUCUAAUCUGUUGGCGCAUGGCGAAGCAGUCCGGAUAGAGAGAUCUAGAAUUACUCCUAGGACCAAGCUUGGGAGAGGUGGAAAGCUUGUACCGGUCAUUGGCAGGAAUCAGAAAGCGGAUGUCAUUACACGGUUCACAAACUCCAGGGGCGAGGAAUUAGGUCGUCUCCCCGAGGAGACAGCUGCGUGGGUUUCUCCUUUGCUGGACCAGAAAAUAUGCCGGUUCGAAGGCACCUGUGUAUAUGCGCCUGACCGUGUCCGCGUGAAUGACACAGUAUACCUCCAACUUCGUGCCUAUUUUCUCAAAAGUGCCUUUGAAGCCAAUGCUUUUGUGAAACCCAAGGACGACAACAGAGCGACUGGAUUUUUCGAAGAGAAAGAGAGCAGUGAAGAGAAGGACCUUCGUCUUCGACAGGUGGCUCUUAUCAAACUUUUUGACGAAGUCAAUCUUGUCCCAACAUCCACGAGCGAGACAACUGCAAAGCACAAGAAACAGGGUCUCCUCAGGGCAGCAGAGAUGGCAGAACAGUACGACAAAGACAAAGACUCCAAAGCGAAAACUGGCACGUCCACUCCCAAUUCCGAUGAAGAAGAGGGAGAAGAGCUGGAAGAAGACCAAUUGGACGCAUUGUACCAAAAAGCUCAGUCGUUCGACUUCAAUACCCCGGAGGCCGAGCCUGCACCAACUUUUGCGCUGGAGUUGCGAAAGUAUCAGAAGCAAGCCCUACACUGGAUGCUCUCCAAGGAGCGAGACGAAACAUGUACCAAGAAGCAGUCCAUGCAUCCUCUUUGGGAGGAGUAUAUCUGGCCCAUUAAAGAUGCUAAUGAUGUCGAUCUUCCGGUAGUUGAAGGUCAAGACAAGUUUUACGUCAAUCUCUAUUCGGGUGAAGUCAGCCUGGAGUUCCCAGUUCAAGAACAACAUUGUCUUGGGGGUAUUCUAGCUGAUGAAAUGGGCCUUGGGAAGACAAUCGAGAUCUACAGUUUAAUACAUUCUAAUCGCUCCGAUGUUGAUCUUGCGGCAGCCGAUAAGUCUGUCACAACUUUCAAUCACCUGCCUCGACUCCCGCAAUCAUCGACAUCGGUUGAGCCCGCGCCAUGCACAACACUGGUGGUGGCUCCAAUGUCAUUGCUGGCGCAGUGGGAGAGCGAAGCAGUCAAAUGUUCCAAGCCAGGGACCCUCCAGACCUUGGUAUAUUACGGAAGCGACAAAACUGCAAACCUGCAAGUCCUAUGUUCCGCCGCGAAUGCAGCUUCGGCUCCCAACGUUAUCAUUACUAGCUACGGUACGGUUCUAUCAGAGUUUAACCAAGUCACAGCCGCGGGCGGAGACCGAGGGUCUCAUGGUGGACUUUUCUCCGUGGACUUUCACCGCGUCAUCCUUGACGAGGCACAUACCAUUAAAAACAGACAAGCUAAAACGUCAAAGGCCUGUUACGAGCUCAAGGCGAAACACCGAUGGGUCUUGACCGGUACACCCAUUGUCAAUCGGCUAGAAGACUUGUUCAGCCUUGUUCGCUUUCUCAAAGUGGAGCCUUGGAGCAAUUUCUCUUUCUGGAAGACCUUCAUUACAGUACCAUUCGAAUCGAAGGAGAUUGCUCGGGCUCUUAAUGUUGUACAAACAGUGUUAGAACCCCUGGUCCUCAGGCGAACGAAAGACAUGAAGACACCAGACGGCGAGGCUCUUGUGCCACUACCUCCAAAGACCAUUGUUAUUGACGAAGUCGAGCUCUCAGAGACCGAGCGGGAGGUUUACGACCUCAUCUUCACUCGUGCCAAGCGAGCAUUCAACGAAUCCCUGCAGGCAGGGACGUUGCUAAAGUCGUACACUACGAUUUUCGCUCAAAUCCUGCGUCUACGGCAGUCUUGCUGUCACCCGGUGCUGACUCGAAACAAAGACAUUGUGGCAGACGAAGAAGAUGCUGCGGUAGCUGCUGCAGCAGACGGGAAUGGAUUUGCUGACAACAUGGAUCUUCAAGACUUGAUCGACCGGUUCACAACUGACACCGACAUGGCUGGAAAGGAAAAUGCACCUGUGAAAGAUCCUAUCACCACUUUCACCACGAACGCACUCCGUCAGAUUCAGGAUGAAUCAAAUGGCGAGUGUCCCUUAUGUUAUGAAGAACCAAUGCAGAACCCUGCCGUCACGACUUGUUGGCAUAGUGCAUGUAAAAAUUGUCUGGAGACAUUUAUUGCACACCAAAGGGACAAGGGCGAGGUUCCACGGUGCUUUUCGUGUAGAGAGACGAUCAACCCCAGGGAUGUUUUCGAAGUUGUCAAGCACAACAGUCCUUCUGCGUCUUUCGAGUCCGAAGGAGAUAUGUAUGCGGCGGACGAUACGAAUUCAAAACCCAGUAAGAUCUCACUUCGUCGAAUCCAUCCUUAUUCUCCAACAGCUUCGACUUCGGCCAAGAUCGCGGCGUUGCUGAAGCACCUGUCUGCUCAGCCUAGAGGCACCAAGUCGGUGGUCUUCUCCCAAUUCACGGCUUUCCUGGACCUGAUCUCACCACAGCUCACCAAACACGGAUUCUACCACCUCCGCUUCGAUGGUACCAUGUCGCAGAAGGUUCGUGCCCAGGUCAUUCGGGAGUUCAACGCAGACAAUGCAUCUGACCCCAAGGCUCCUCGCGUCUUACUCUUGUCCCUACGUGCCGGAGGUGUGGGCUUAAACCUGACAAGUGCCAGCCGAUGCUACAUGAUGGAUCCUUGGUGGAGUUUCGCUGUGGAAGCACAAGCUAUUGAUCGCGUGCACAGGAUGGGACAAACGCAGAAGGUUGAAGUCGUUCGAUUUGUCACGAAGGACAGUAUCGAAGGCAGGAUGCUUCGUGUGCAGGAAAGAAAGAUGGCCGUAGCAGGCACCCUUGGCGUCGGCCAGUCUGGAGGAGGUGAUACUGAAGAGGAGAGAAAGAAACGACGUGUUGAGGAACUGGAGAUGUUGCUCGGUUGA